AUGAAUUCCCUUGUGAAGAAGAAAAGAGAGAUCACUCCCAUAACCAAAACUCCGUAUAAGACCAGCCACGAUAUCUCCGACGAGUCUGACCGGGAUGAGUUUUGCACUAGGCCAUGCUGUUUCUUUUGCUCCGUGAAAGAAGCAGACACAUACCUCAAAAGAGCAGAACUAGGGAAGUUCUUCAGAGAGAUGCAUCUUAGGGAUAAUCAAGAGCAUGUUUUGGUGCUGAGUGGACUGUGGCAUAUUGCCAUGAACCAACCCAAUGACCCAGAGUUUCCAUCCCUUGGCAUUUUCAAGUGCAUGGCCAAUCUCAUCUACAAAGCUAUGAAGGACAGAAACUGGCUUCUUACGAACCAAAACAUAUACACACCCUAUUAUGCUGCUCAUAUCAUUGGUUCUUACACCAUAAACAAGGAGGAGUAUGCCCAAAUUGCUGUGCAGUCUGGCGUGAUACCGCAACUAAUGGAGCUCCUAAGAGGAAAGAUGAGUUGGAUUGAGCAAAGAGUUGCUGUUCGAGCACUAGGACACUUGGCUAGCUAUGAGAGUACUUUUGAGGCAGUAGCAGAAUACGAACAAGAGUUGGUAAAAUUGGCGAAAAACUUGGCUUCUACAUGCUUAGAAGUGAUUUUCGUUAAAUUUGUAGGGCUGAAGGACGUAAACAAAAGGCUCAAGUACCAUAGGAAAUUGUUGACAAGAGGUAUUGGGGGCGUGGAGACGGAGAAUAGCAAGGCCGAGGAAUGGGCUAGCCAGCUUCAGUGCUGGUCUCUUCAAUUGUUAAAUUGCUUUGCUUGCAAAGAGAGGUCUGUGAAUCUCAUCGGUGAUUUGGAGUUCCUGGAAGAUUUGUGUGAUAUGUGGGGUGGAAUAAUGAAUUACACGUCACCGGCUGGGGUUGGAUUGAUUAGAAUCUUGUGCUAUAGCAAAAUAGGAAGGAAAAAUAUUGCUGAGUCGCCUAAAGUUAUCCACACUUUGGGUAACCUGUCAAGAUCUUCGGACGAUUGGCAAUAUUUGGGUAUCGACUGCCUUCUAUUGCUUCUCAAGGACCCACAGACGAGGUGCAAAGUCAUUGAUCUCGCAGUUUCAUAUCUCAUUGAUUUGAUUGAACUCGAAAAUCUUGGAGAUAGAUCCAACGUAGGUGAAACAAUCAUGAGGGUUCUCCUUCUGGAACAUAAUCAACGUGGUAUUUCAAAACCAUUGCCGGAACUGCUUCAUUUGGAAGUGGACAGAAGGAACAAGGAGAAGCUCGUGUGUGAAGAAAAACUAGAGGAAACAAUGGUUUUGAUAAGUUCAAUAAAGCAACAAGCAAAACACAUGUUCUGGUUAGGGGAGGUAGAAGAAGCUGUAUCGAGGUAUACUGAAGCACUAGAUCUUUGCCCGGUGAGGUACAGGAAAGAAAGAAUGGUGCUUUAUAGCAAUAGGGCUCAAUGUCAUCUGGUGCUGAGAGAUCCAGAUUCAGCCAUCAGCGACUCAACCCGAGCUCUUAGCCUGUGUAAUCCAGCAAACACACACGGCAAGAGCCUUUGGAGGAGAUCACAGGCUUAUGACAUGAAAGGGAUGGCCAAAGAGAGCCUCAUGGACUGCGUAAUGCUGAUGAACGGGUGCAUCAAGAUUCCGUACCACGCUGCUCGCAUGUUGUGCAAGCAGAUGGAUGCCACAUGGCUUUUUGGUCCUGCUCGCUCAAAGGUAACACUAACACACUGCAAGUCAGUGGUGGAAGAGACAAAAGAAUCUAAUGGUCGUGAGAGCAACUAUGAAGGGCGACCACAUGUCCGUACGAUGCUGAUGAAAAGCAGAGGUCUCAUGCCCGGUCUGUCCACCAUCGCUGAACAAGCCCUUCUCGCAAAAGAAGGGGAAAGGAGAAAGAUGGAAGUAGCGAGGAGCGGGACGAAAGCUGGUGUGGGUGGAGCAGAAGUUAGCCGAUCUAAGUGGGCGAGCUCCAGGUAG